CCGAAAUGAAAGAGGCCCAAGAGGACCACGCUCUAUAUAUAACGCUCACAGAAAAUACACAAAGGGGAAAGCAAUAGAGCGGUUAUUAGCUUCUCUGUGUGUGUGUCUAGGGUUUUAUUAGAGCUCGAUUCUCCAAGGACGAUGACUCGCGUUUACGUUGGGAAUUUGGAUCCUCGAGUGAGUGAUAGGGAUCUUGAAGAUGAGUUUCGCAUGUUCGGCGUUCUUCGCAGUGUGUGGGUUGCUCGGAGGCCACCGGGAUAUGCCUUUGUUGAAUUUGAUGAUCACAGGGAUGCUCUUGAUGCAAUUCAGAGAUUGGAUGGAAAAAAUGGUUGGCGUGUGGAACUGUCCCAUAACUCCUCUAAGGGUGGUGGUGGUGGUGGUGGUGGAGGCCGUGGCGGGCGUGGUGGUGGAGGUGACGACUUGAAGUGUUAUGAAUGUGGUGAACCCGGUCACUUUGCUAGAGAGUGUCGUAUGCGUGUGGGUUCACGAGGAUUGGGUAGCGGAAGGCGCAGAAGUCCUUCCCCUCGACGUGGCCGCAGAAGUCCCAGUUACGAUGGUUAUGGGCGCAGGACUUAUAGUCCACGUAGGAGGAGAUCUCCUCCUCUACGACGUCGCACCCCAUCACCUCUGCCUCGACGUGGACGCAGCUACAGCAGGUCCCCCCCAUACCGCCAUGCUCGACGUGUUUCUCCUUAUGCCAAUGGGGACUGAGCUGGAACUUGAUUUGAGCAAAUGCUGGAUGGAUGUUGAAAGGCUGAUAUCUUCCUGCUAUAAAGUAGUUCUAAUAGGAUUGGUUGAACUGACAAGAACCAUGUUAGUUAUGUUGAUGAUGUUAUGACAAUGCCUUCUGUUCGAAGUGUUUUUGCCGCAUAAAGGGGUGCCUUGGUCACCGUUUUGCGUCGGCGAUCUUGCUUCGGCUUACUGAAACUCAGAGGUCGAAUUUCUACUUUUAUGUUUCUCUAUUAUAUCUGUUUAUAUAUGUCUUUAUAUGAA